AUGGCUGAAAUCCACGACCAGUUCGAUACAAUCCUUAUUCUGGAUUUUGGAUCCCAGUAUAGCCAUUUGAUAACUCGAAGGUGUCGAGAACAUAAGGUCUAUGCAGAGCUCCUGCCAUGCACCACUAAAAUCAAGGAUAUUAACUUCAAACCUAAAGGCGUCAUUCUGUCGGGCUCACCGUAUUCGGUGUAUGAUAAAGAUUCUCCUCAUGUUGAUCCUGCAGUCUUCGAUCUCGGAGUUCCGAUAUUGGGAAUCUGUUACGGUCUACAGGAAUUGGCGUGGAACCUCGGCGGAGAGGUCACCAAAUGCGAUCAUCGAGAGUAUGGCUUCGCUGAGGUCAAGAUUAACAAAAUUGGAAGUGGGAACGGUGUAGAUGCUUUGUUCGAAGGGCUGGGAGACGAAAUGCAGGUCUGGAUGUCGCACGGCGACCAAUUGUCGAAACCGCCAGCAAAUUUCCAUGUGAUAGGACAUACCCAAUCCGCACCUUACGCUGCCCUGGCCCACGACUCGAAGCCCAUCUACGGCAUCCAGUUCCACCCCGAAGUCACCCACUCCCCGCGAGGAAAGGAAGUCAUCGGGAGGUUUAUCCUCAACAUUUGCGGAUGCAAGCCCACUUGGACCAUGGAAGAGUUUAUUGGAAAGGAGAUCAACCGCAUUCGCGAGAUUUGUGGUCCCAAGGGCCGUGUUAUUGGAGCCGUGAGCGGAGGUGUGGACAGCACUGUGGCGGCUAAGCUCAUGCAUGAGGCGAUUGGCGACAGGUUCCACGCGAUCAUGGUCGAUAAUGGUGUUCUUCGCAAGGACGAGGCGAAGCAGGUGUACGAGAUGCUCAACAGGGACUUGGGUGUCAACUUGACAGUCGUGGACGCCUCUGAGCGCUUCCUCUCCCGUCUCGAGGGCAUCGAGGAUCCGGAGCAAAAGCGUAAGAUCAUUGGCAACACUUUUAUCCACGUCUUUGAGGAUGAGGCUGCCAAGAUCGAGGCUGCUGCUGAGGCUGAGGAGGCCAAGGGCGCGGACGCGAAGGGGCGAGUCGAGUGGUUGCUCCAGGGUACAUUGUAUCCGGAUGUUAUCGAGAGUAUCAGCUUCAAGGGGCCGAGCGCAACCAUCAAAACGCACCAUAACGUCGGCGGUCUUCUCAAGGACAUGAAGCUCAAGUUGAUCGAACCCCUUCGCGAGCUGUUCAAAGACGAAGUGAGAGCGUUGGGACGAUUGCUGUCAAUACCGGCUCCACUUGUGCAACGCCAUCCGUUCCCAGGUCCUGGUCUUGCGAUUCGGAUUCUUGGGCCCGUCACUCGGGAGCAAGUGAAGAUACUCCAGCACGCGGAUAGCAUCUAUAUCGAGGAGAUUCGAAAGGCGGGCUUGUACGAUCAAAUUUCUCAAGCUUUUGCGGUUCUCCUGCCUGUGAAGGCUGUUGGUGUUAUGGGCGACGCUCGGACUUACGAACAGGUGAUCGCGUUGCGCGCUGUACAGUCUGAAGACUUUAUGACAGCGGACUGGUAUGUGUUCCCACCUGACGUCCUGAGAAGGAUAUCUUCGCGGAUCACCAACGAAGUCGCUGGUAUCAAUCGCGUUACCUAUGAUAUUUCGUCCAAGCCACCUGCUACUGUGGAAUGGUUGUGAUUUGUUGGUCAGCGAAAAAGUGGUUAUGUUAGACUAGAGAUGGUAUGGUAGGGCAUACCCCCAUCUGAAGAUCUGAAGAGAAGACGUACCUUUUUGGCUUUUUUUGCUUUUGGGGAUCUGUAGAGGCUUUGGAUGGGUUUUUUGAAUUGCGAUGGUCAGGUUGGCUGUUGUUAGAGACGGCGAAAAAAAAUGACACUUUGAAAUAUAGUGUUGACGUUUCCUUACUUCUUUCUAUCAUGAUGGUCACAAUGUGGUUGGGGUGUUGUAUUGGAGCUACAGUUGGCAGAGCACGUCGAUACGAGUGGCAUUUUUGAAUUGCGUGG